UAGUAGUGCAGGUGCCGCUGCGCCGGGGGCCGGGGAGGCUGCGCGCCGAGCCGAGUGGAGCCGGGGAGGGAUGGAGAGCGGGCCGCCCGGGCUGCAGGAGCACCGGCUCGGGGCGUAGGCGGGCGCGAGCGGGCGUGAGCAGGCGCUCGGGCGCGAGAAGUGUGCGGGCGCAGGAGCACUUUGCGAUAGGAUGAGGCUCUUGGCUGGCGCGCGGUAGUACUAUGAUUUGGUAUGUGGCCACUUUGAUAGCAAGUGUGAUCAGCACCCGAGGUCUUGCGGCUCAAGCUGCCCACGGCCUACGAGAGGAGCCCGAGUUUGUGACCGCAAGAGCCGGUGAGAGUGUGGUCCUGCGAUGCGACGUGAUUCAUCCGGUGACGGGACAGCCCCCGCCCUAUGUCGUGGAGUGGUUCAAGUUUGGGGUGCCCAUCCCUAUCUUCAUCAAGUUUGGCUACUAUCCACCUCAUGUGGACCCUGAGUAUGCAGGUCGGGCAAGCCUUCAUGAUAAAGCAUCCUUACGGCUGGAACAGGUCCGCUCUGAGGACCAGGGCUGGUACGAGUGCAAAGUGCUCAUGCUGGACCAGCAGUAUGACACCUUUCACAACGGCAGCUGGGUCCAUCUCACCAUCAACGCUCCUCCCACCUUUACAGAAACACCCCCCCAAUACAUUGAGGCCAAGGAAGGUGGCAGUGUUACCAUGACCUGCACAGCUUUUGGAAACCCCAAGCCCAUUGUCACCUGGCUUAAGGAGGGGACACUCCUAGGUGCUAGUGGGAAAUACCAGGUGAGUGAUGGCAGCCUGACAGUGACAUCGGUCAGUAGGGAGGACAGAGGUGCCUACACCUGUCGUGCAUACAGCAUCCAGGGAGAGGCUGUCCAUACCACUCAUCUGCUUGUCCAAGGGCCUCCCUUCAUAGUUUCCCCUCCUGAGAACAUCACUGUCAACAUAUCCCAGGAUGCUCUGCUCACCUGCCGGGCAGAGGCAUAUCCCGGCAACCUCACCUACACCUGGUAUUGGCAGGAUGAAAACGUCUACUUCCAGAACGACCUGAAGUUGAGAGUGCGGAUCUUGAUUGAUGGGACCCUGAUCAUCUUCCGAGUGAAGCCUGAGGAUGCGGGGAAGUACACCUGCGUCCCUAGCAACAGCCUGGGGCGCUCCCCCUCUGCCUCAGCAUACUUAACUGUGCAGUACCCAGCCCGUGUCCUCAACAUGCCCCCUGUCAUCUACGUGCCCGUGGGAAUUCACGGCUAUAUCCGAUGCCCUGUGGAUGCAGAGCCGCCGGCCACCGUGGUCAAGUGGAACAAGGACGGCCGCCCCCUGCAGGUUGAGCAGAACCUGGGUUGGACCUUGAUGGAGGAUGGCUCCAUUCGGAUUGAGGAGGCCACAGAGGAGGCUCUUGGCACUUACACCUGUGUGCCUUACAACACCUUGGGGACCAUGGGCCAGUCUGCUCCCGCACGGCUUGUCCUGAAGGAUCCCCCGUAUUUUACGGUGCUACCAGGCUGGGAAUAUAGGCAGGAGGCUGGCCGGGAGCUGCUCAUUCCCUGCGCUGCUGCAGGGGACCCUUUCCCUGUCAUCACGUGGAGAAAGGUAGGGAAGCCCAGCAGAAGCAAGCACAAUGCCCUGCCCAGCGGGAGUCUCCAGUUCCGAGCCCUGAGUAAGGAGGACCACGGGGAGUGGGAGUGCAUCGCCACCAACGUGGUCACCAGCAUCACUGCCAGUACCCACCUGACCGUCAUUGGCACCAGCCCCCAUGCCCCGGGCAGUGUCCGGGUCCAGGUCUCCAUGACAACUGCCAACGUGUCCUGGGAGCCAGGCUAUGAUGGAGGAUUCGAGCAGACAUUCUCAGUUUGGUACGGACCUCUGAUGAAGCGGGCACAGUUUGGGCCCCAUGACUGGCUGUCUUUGCCAGUGCCGCCGGGACCCAACUGGUUGCUAGUGGACACCCUGGAGCCUGAGACAGCAUACCAGUUCAGCGUCCUGGCCCAGAACAAGCUGGGAACGAGCGCCUUCAGUGAGGUGGUCACUGUGAACACUUUAGCAUUCCCUAUCACAACUCCAGAACCCCUGGUGCUGGUUACCCCACCAAGGUGCCUCACAGCCAAUCGGACCCAGCAGGGUGUGCUCCUGUCUUGGCUCCCCCCUGCCAAUCACAGCUUUCCCAUUGACCGCUACAUCAUGGAAUACCGUGUCGGGGAACACUGGGAGAUGUUAGAUGGUGCCAUCCCAGGCACUGAUGGAGAGUUCUUUGCCAAGGAUCUGUCACAGGACACCUGGUACGAAUUCCGGGUUCUGGCCGUCAUGCAGGAUCUGAUCAGCGAACCCAGCAACAUCGCCGGCAUCUCCAGCACAGACAUCUUCCCACAGCCGGACCUGACCGAUGACGGGCUAGCUCGGCCUGUGUUGGCUGGAAUCGUAGCUACCAUCUGCUUCUUGGCAGCUGCCAUCCUGUUCAGCACCCUGGCCGCCUGCUUUGUCAACAAGCAGCGCAAGCGUAAGCUCAAGCGCAAAAAAGAUCCUCCACUCUCCAUUACUCACUGCAGAAAGAGCCUGGAGUCUCCCUUGUCCUCUGGCAAGGUGAGCCCCGAGAGCAUCCGCACACUCCGGGCCCCGUCGGAGUCCUCCGAUGACCAAGGCCAGCCGGCAGCCAAGAGGAUGCUGAGUCCCACCCGGGAGAAGGAGCUGUCAUUGUACAAGAAGACCAAGAGGGCCAUCAGUAGCAAGAAGUACAGUGUGGCCAAGGCCGAGGCCGAGGCUGAGGCCACGACGCCCAUCGAGCUCAUCAGCAGAGGCCCCGAUGGCCGCUUCGUGAUGGAUCCGUCCGAGAUGGAGCCCUCGAUGAAGAGCAGGCGCAUUGAGGGCUUCCCCUUUGCCGAGGAGACGGACAUGUACCCCGAGUUCCGCCAGUCGGAUGAGGAGAACGAGGACCCGCUGGUGCCCACAUCUGUGGCUGCCCUGAAGUCCCAGCUGACUCCUCUGUCGUCCAGCCAGGAGUCCUACCUGCCACCACCAGCAUACAGCCCUCGGUUCCAGCCCCGUGGGUUGGAGGGCCCCGGCGGCCUGGAAGGUCGGCUCCAGGCCACAGGCCAGGCCAGACCCCCCGCCCCCCGGCCCUUCCACCAUGCCCAGUAUUAUGGGUACCUCAGCAGCAGCAGCCCUGGGGAGGUGGAGCCGCCGCCCUUCUACAUGCCAGAAGUGGGCAGCCCCUUGAGCUCGGUCAUGUCCUCCCCACCCCUGCACACUGAGGGGCCUUUCGGCCACCCCACCAUUCCUGAGGAAAACGGAGAGAAUGCUUCCAACAGCACGCUGCCCUUGACUCAGACACCCACAGGAGGGCGCUCCCCUGAGCCCUGGGGCCGACCAGAAUUCCCCUUUGGGGGCCUGGAAACCCCGGCCAUGAUGUUUCCCCACCAGCUGCACCCCUGUGAUGUAGCCGAGAGUCUGCAGCCCAAGGCCUGCCUCCCCCGAGGACUGCCCCCCACCUCCCUGCAGGUGCCCGCGGCCUACCCAGGCAUCCUGUCUCUGGAGGCGCCAAAGGGUUGGGCAGGCAAAUCGCCGGGCAGAGGCCCCGUCCCAGUGCCCACCUCCGCUAAGUGGCAGGACAGACCUAUGCAACCUCUGGUGAGCCAAGGGCAGCUAAGACAUACCAGCCAAGGUAUGGGCAUCCCCGUGUUGCCUUACCCCGAGCCGGCCGAGCCCGGGGGGCACAGCGGCCCCAGCACAUUUGGCCUGGAUACCCGGUGGUACGAGCCCCAGCCCCGGCCCCGGCCCAGCCCCCGGCAGGCCAGGCGCGCCGAGCCCAGUUUACAUCAAGUGGUGCUACAGCCCUCCCGGCUCUCGCCUCUGACCCAAAGCCCCCUCAGCUCCCGCACCGGCUCCCCUGAGCUUGCCGCCCGGGCCCGGCCUCGCCCGGGCCUCCUGCAGCAGGCAGAGAUGUCGGAGAUCACCCUGCAGCCGCCGGCCGCUGUCAGCUUCUCUCGCAAAUCCACGCCAUCCACGGGCUCCCCUUCCCAGAGCAGCCGCAGCGGGAGCCCCAGCUACCGGCCCACCAUGGGCUUCACCACGCUGGCCACAGGCUACCCUUCCCCUCCGCCAGGCCCUGCAGGGCCUGCGGACAACCUGGAUGUGUUUGGACAGACGCCUUCCCCUCGAAGGAUGGGGGAGGAACUGCUCAGACCAGAGCCCCCCCCACCGCCAUUACCUACUUCAGGAACACAUCCACCUGCACCCGGGAAUGCUGCUGCACCUGAGAGGCUGGAGGCUCUGAAAUACCAACGGAUAAAGAAGCCCAAAAAGUCAUCCAAGGGCUCUUCGAAGUCAAAGAAACGAUCCGACGGUUCUGCCUCCCAGGCUCAGCAGCUUCCAGAUUCCCAGGUUCUGUGGCCCGAUGAAGCCGUUUGCCUCCGAAAGAAGAAGAGACAUUCCCGGCCUGACCCCUUCGCCCGCCUCUCAGACCUGUGCCACCGCCAGCUUCCGGAAGACCAGACAGCGAUUCUUAACAGCGUGGAUCAUGAUGACCCUGGCCACGCCACCUUGCUGUGACGCGACACAACUCUAAGUUGUCCUAGGGUGGUCACGCUGGGCUGAGGGGCGGGGGAGGGAGGAUGACGGUGUGCCAGCUGAGGGGUAGUCUGGGGGGCUGCUCCGACCUUUGUUCUGCUCAUCCUCUCUCCAGCAGGAGUGCAGCCUCCUCCAAAUCCUGGCCAGCUGGUCUCACUUUGGGGACAGCGGGCCAGGGGCAGACCUGUAGGUAGAGAUCAGGAAGUGAACUGGGGACAGGGAGAGAUCAGCCUCCUUCCCGCCUCUCCCCUCUUCACUGGCUUGAUUUUUCUCACCUCUUCAAAUACCUUUGGAAGUGAAGAAGGGGAAAGCAAUGGCUUUUACUGCUCUCUGCUUCUGUUUCAGUUUUUUCAAGUCCUGGAAGAGGGCUGGACGGCCCACCCCAUCUUCCAAUUCUACAUAUAUAUAGAUAUAGAUACAAAUGCAUCUGUAUGUAGUUUGUGGGUUUCUCUAUGUAUAUAUAUGUACAUUGAAGCAAAGUGCUGUUUAUUUCUGUGGUCAGUGAAGGAAGGAAGAGGAGGGCAGCAGACUUGUGCGGUUUGUAAGGAGGAUCGGCAGAGAGCCGGCUGGGCGUCCUGAUGUCUGUCCAGGGUGUCAUUCCUUCUGAAACAGGAUUCAUGCCUUCUCCGCUGAACUCACCGUUCAUCUCUCUACCUUCUCCCUUCCAGAGCAGGAAUGGGGCUUCCCAUGAUGGCCAGCUGCCUGCUCUGGGGGGGAGGUAAUAAGUUACCACAGAACUAAAUGCAAGCCCUUACUUCUUGGUUCCUAGGUGAAGAGAGGGUGGCCAGCAAAGGGCAGACUGGUGUCUUUCUUUCUUCCACGGGUUGGCUCCUGCUACAGAAGUAGAAGCUGCUUAGCAGGAGGGCCAAGAGGCAGGUCCUGCACAAACGCACGCUCAUCUGUCAGGCCCUCUUGGUCCAGCUGGGGCUGGGGGCCCUGUGGCCCAAGGGCCGGCUCCUGUUCUGGAGCCAUCUGUGUGGAGCGCCAGGCUGCCGCGGCUCUAUUUAUAUCCUGCCUCUGGCUCGGCACCCUCUGGAGUGCUGUUCCAAAGGCGCUGAUUGGAUUCCUCCUUUCUUUUUGUGGGAGCUAAUUCCCCAGAUUGAUUAAUUGCCACUUGUGGGGAGCCCGCCUGCGGCUCCUUUCCAUCUCUGCACGUGCCGCCUGCAGACUCUUCCUUGCCCUGGGCCUUCCUCCAACCCGUGGACCCAAGCUCCAACAGGAUGGGAUCGGAUGAAGCAAGGGUGCCUCAGGCUUCUGGGUUCUGGAGGUCCCCUGGCACCCCUCAUUCCCUCGAGGUUUAUUUACAUGGAGCUGGCUGAGGCGGAGGGUGAAGGUGGAAGGGGCGGUAGGUAGGGGCCUGGGCUCUGAUCCUUCUUUCUGCCAAAAUCUUGUCCUAGUUCAAGCUCUUAGCACCCAGAAGCUUCUGUGAGGCUGUCCUACAGUGACUAAAGAUGGAUCUCUCUCUCCCAAUGAGAUAAUGGUGCUGCUCAAGAGCAGGGCAGAAGGUCCUGAAGAUAUAUGGGGGUGUGUCUGCUCUUUCCCCUCUUCUUCUGUUGGAGCCUGCCCCCUGGCUGCCUGGGAAUAAAGGUGGCUAUCAGGUUCCUUGAAGUAUUUCCUUCUUGGUGCUGUUGUCUUGGUGGGUUUGGGGACAUCUGCCUCUCCCCUGUUGUCUGCUUGGAUGUUGGCCAGGUCAAAGCCCAGGAGGCUUCUGCUGGUCUCACUGCAGUUGCUAGUGGCUUAGCUCUGAUGACCUUGGCAGGGGGAGGCUCUGAGAGCUGGGGAGCUGCUCCUUACUGGGAGCUUCCAUCUUAGGGGAGUGGAUUCUUCUCUGCCACACCAGCCCUGGUGCUUCCUUUCUCUCGCCUAGCGAAGGGGGACCGUUCUGUCACAUGUCAUACAACCAGAGUUCAUUUCUGAGGGCGAUGAGUCAUUGUGAUGGAGGAGGGAGGGGGCAGUUUCUGGCCCUCAUCUUGCUGAUUGCUCUACUCUUCUGGGCUGGGCCUGCGCCCUUGGGGUGGAUCCUGGACCUUCUGGCUAACGCCAUUCUCUGGGCAUCUAAAACCCCUGACUUUACCACUGGGCAGCAGCUCCAGCGAAACGGGAAAGCAGAGGUUGGGCAACUCCGUCUGCUUUUCCAAGGAAGCACUACCUCUGCUACCGUGCCCGAUGGGUGACACGCUGAGUACCUCUCCUAGGGCGUGUGGGGAACGGACACGGGUCUCACACUGGCUCAGUCUGUAGCCUUUCUUGGUGUGUGGCUUGCUGACCAGGGUGGAUCCUGGCUGAAAUGUGAAUGUGGGGUGCCAGAGCUGUAGGACUUCAGGGUGAGUUGGGCCAAUCUUCUGAUCCCCAUGCACUAGGAGUUCCAGGUCCUGAGCUUAGCAAAGAAGAGGGGAAGAUGAGGUGGAUGGCUUUGCCUCUCUUGGAUAUCCUACAAGGCUGAGAGCCAGUCUUUGGGCUGAGGUGCCUCAGACUGUGGCUGUGCUUUCCCAGGGGGCCCACCAGCAAGCUAUCUCCAGGGCUAACAAAGGUGCUGACUCCUGUCUUCUCUUCUUCCUCUGGCAGUGCCCCUUACCUCAGCACAUCAGACCAAAUAGUGGGAGCUGGGUUUUUUGCUGGCCACCCAGUGGCAGUUGUGCUGGGGCAUCCCCAAUGCUAGGCAAAGGACACACAACAAACGUAUCUCUCAGUGGCCUCACACUCACUUCUCCUCCCAAGACGGCCUCCUUGUGACAGUGUCCUUGAAGGCUGGCAGCCUUCCUGCACCCCUGGGAGCUAUUUCAGUCCUUCCUUGAA